AUGGAAUCCAUUGUUGCAAUCUUGAGCUCACUAAUUCUCAUAUUCUCAGCAUUUUCUCCAGGGAGUUCACUAAACUUUACUUACUAUGACAAAACCUGCCCCCGUGCCGAAUCAAUCAUUUCAAAUAUUGUCAAGAGCGCAGUGUCGGCAAACAGAACAGUUCCAGCAGGUCUACUCCGGAUGCAUUUCCAUGACUGCUUUAUCAGGGGCUGUGAUGCCUCCGUGUUGCUAGACUCAAAAGGGAACAACAAAGCAGAAAAAGCGGGAAUAGCUAAUGUUAAUUCCUUGCAUGCAUUUUUUGUCAUUGACAGUGCAAAGAAAGCAGUAGAAGCUUCGUGCCCUGGCGUGGUCUCAUGUGCUGAUAUUUUGGCUCUUGCCACAAGGGAUGCCGUUGUUCUAUCUGGAGGUCCGACUUGGGAUGUACCCAAAGGAAGAAAAGAUGGGAGAGCAUCAAAGGCUAGUGACACAAACACACUGCCAGCUCCUUUCUUCAACAUAUCUCAACUGCAACAAAGCUUCGCUCAAAGAGGUUUGUCCAUUGAAGAUGUAGUGGCUCUUUCAGGAUCGCAUACUAUAGGGGUUUCCCACUGUUCUUCCUUCGAAAACAGAAUCCGCAAAUUCAAUGCCACGCACGACAUCGACCCAUCAAUGCAACCAUCAUUUGCACAAAGCUUAAGGGGUAUUUGUCCGAUAAACAGUGGGAAUCCGGUUACCCAAAUGGUUCCUCCGGCAAAUACAUUCAACAACACGUACUACAAGUUGGUCCUCCAAGGGAAGGGCCUGUUCUCUUCCGACCAUGCCCUGCUCAGUACUCCAAAAACCAAGGAGUUGGUUUCCAAGUUUGCCAGCUCGCCGGAAGCUUUUAGAAAGGCCUUUGCGGCCUCUAUGAUCAAGAUGAGCAGCAUCGUAGGUGGAGAGGAGAUUAGGAGGAAUUGUAGGGUGAUAAAUUAACAAUUGUUAAUUAAUUAGCAUAUAUAUAUAUAUAUAGUCCAUUAAUUUAGACUAUGAAAUUAAGCUAGCUCGAUCGAUCGGUAAUCUAGCUAUCAAUAAUGGGGGUGGCAAAUGGCAAUCCGUCGUUUCCUUCCUUAGUUAUAAGUGAAAUAUUGUAGAAAUAGAGAAUGUCCUGAUCGAUAAGGUUUCUAGCAUGUUGUCAUGCGUGCAUAAACUUAU